AAAAUCUCACCGGUCUGUCUCCUCGCCGGCAUCGGCAAGCCUCCUCCUUCCUCCCCAUCGCGGAGUCCCAAUCGUUUCCUUCUCCGCCCUCGCCGCCGGCCAACAUGAUGCACAUGACCUUCUACUGGGGCACGUCGGCCACGAUCCUAUUCGACGGCUGGCGCACCUCCACGUGGCUCGACUACCUUCUCUCCCUCGUGGCGCUGCUGCUCGCCGCCGCCUUCUACCAGUACCUCGAGGCCCUACGGGUCCGCAUGAGGCUCAUCGCGGAAGGAGCCGCCAAGCCAGCCUCCUCCGCAACCUCCGACCCGCGGACGCCGCUCCUCGCGCCCGCCUUCGCGGUCGCCGCCGGGCGCUGGCCGGCGCGCGUGGCCGUGGCCGCGAUGUUCGGGGUCAACUCCGGCCUCGGCUACCUCCUCAUGCUCUCCGUCAUGUCGUUCAACGGCGGCGUGUUCAUCGCCGUCGUCGUGGGCCUCGCGCUCGGGUACCUCGCGUUCCGCAGCGGCGACGGCGAGGAUCUCGUCGUCGUUGACGACCCCUGCGCCUGCGCCUAAGGGUAUUGGGGUCGCCGGAUUGCCUUGUCCCCAGGACCCAGGUUCGCCUUCCUUGUUGAUAUUGUUGUUGUAUGACACAGGUAUCAUAAUAAAAAUCAUGUACAUAACUACAGAUCCAAUUGUGCGUUUGGAGGAUUUGCAGUGUUCAAGUGUUGUUUUGGGGAGGGCAUUGUAGUUGUAGGGUAAAGAAUCAGUAAUAUUGUCUUGUUCAUUUCAAUAGAUUAAUGGAUCGGUGGAGAUGGUCUUUAACAGUUAACCGUUUGACUUAAUUUUAGAUCAACUGAAAAGUUGAUGCUGAAAUGUUGUAAAAGAAAAAUACUGUUCUUUCGCUCGCUGAAAAGAACUGAGUAAUGUUGAUGGAACAUGCUGAAAUUUGAAAACCUCUAGAUUGAACAUACUUAUUUAUUUUGUUUGCGAUGCUACUAAUCCAAGAAACGGAAAGACCAACUGCAUGAAGCAUAGCCACACCUGUUGGAAGAAUUUGAAGCUAGCUAGCUUAGAUCUGAUCACUGGAAAGAGAAGACUUGUCCUCUGUAUGAACUGUACUCCGUGGCUACUUGUCCCUAUGACUGUGAGUAAAGUACAGAAAAAGGGUUAUGGAUGGGGAAAUCAUUGUUACCGGUGUUGUAAAAGUGUAAUAUUCAGUUCUUAAAAAGAGCAAAUUAAUAUGAACCAGACUUGUAUAGAAAUCGAAGUAAAAAUUUCAGGUUA